AUGCACGCCUCAACAGUCCUCUUCGUCUCUCUAUCUCUUCUUGCCGGCCAAGUCCUAGCAACAGGCCGCUGCUGUAAUGGCGGUACAGAUGAUUUCCAAAACUUUUGCAAAAGCUCAAACCUCAACAGUUUUUGUUGCACCACGCGGGACCCUAAUUCAGGGAGAGGGUGUGACGGGGAUACGGAAUUCCCAACUGGACGCGAUACGAAAAUCGAUGGCGUCCCCUUCGCACCGUCAUGCACCUCUGGGGGCCAGACUGGAUUUGUUGCAUGCGCCUAA